CACACCCGUCAGCAGCGCGCACUGGAGACAAAAAAAAGCGCAUCACGGACAAAGGAAAUAUGGGUGCGCUGGAGAGGAUUCACCUCCGCCGGGUAACACGAUGGAUGAGCCGCUUCUGUUUCAUUUACCCGGAGACCAAUUAGCCCACCUUAAUGAGGUGCUGGGAUGCAAGAUACUGCAAGCUAAAAAGGCGGAAGGCUGCGUUUAAUCCGUCUGCGGAUCCUAUGAGCUUGCAAUGGCUGUGGCGGGGAUAUGCAACCGGAUAGGGAAUAAUGUGCCUUUUUAUUUUGUGAUAUUUUCAUUAUUUUGUGGCCUUUCGUUUGGACAGUUGCGAUAUUCUAUUACGGAAGAACUAGAAAAUGGGGCACUGGUCGGUGAUCUGGCGCAUGACUUGGGGCUGGAUAUUCGAAAGCUCGCCACCCGAAAAAUUAAGGUAACAUCCAACAGCGGUAAACGCUAUGUGAUUGUCAACCCCAAAAAUGGGAAAUUACUUGUCAAUGAAAGGAUCGACAGGGAGGCACUGUGUGAUUUAUCCAACACCUGCCUCAUUAAUCUGGAGGUGCUGGUCGAAAACCCCACUGAGGUGCACCAUGUCGAGGUGGAGAUUGUGGAUGCCAAUGAUAAUGCGCCGCAGUUUCCCAGAGACGAGUAUCAAUUGGAAAUCACAGAAUCCGCUUUACCAGGGUCUCGUUACCCAAUUGAAAACGCUCAGGACCCAGACAUUGGGUCCAAUUCAGUUCGUAUGUAUCAGCUCAGCACAAACGACCAUUUCGCGCUGGUAUCUAACAAGCCCUCCUUAAAUACAAAGCACAUCGAGCUUGUGCUCAAAAAGCCCCUUGAUCGUGAACAGACGCCUUACCACCAAUUAGUUCUAAGUGCUGUUGAUGGUGGGACGCCAGAGAAAACAGGCACGGCCAAAAUCAAUGUGAGAGUCUUGGACUCAAAUGAUAAUGUUCCCUUGUUCGACAGCUCAGUGUACAAGGUGAAGCUGUUGGAAAAUUCGCCCAAAGACACCCUGGUAAUUAAAUUGAAUGCAACUGAUCUAGAUGAGGGCACAAAUGGAGAGGUUUAUUACUCUUUCAGCAGCUACACUCCAGAGAGAGUGAGGCAGAUGUUCAGCAUGGACACUAACACAGGAGAAAUAAGAGUGAGGAACAAUGUUGACUAUGAAGAAACCAACUCCUAUGAGAUGUACAUCCAAGCAAUGGACAAGGGCCCCGGGGCUGUGGCAGCACACUGUAAGGUUGUGGUAGAGGUGGUGGAUGUGAAUGACAAUGUCCCUCAGAUAGUGCUGUCAUCCUUGUCUAGCCCUGUGAGGGAAGAUGCCCGUGCAGACACAGUCGUGGCCCUCAUUAGUGUUACUGAUCGGGACUCUGGCGCUAACAAGCAGGUGAGCUUGGAGAUACCAGCAGGCCUUCCUUUCAAGAUCAAAUCAUUCAGAAAUUACUACACUCUGGUUACCUCAGCCUUCCUGGACCGUGAGACCACCGAUGCCUACAAUGUCACGCUGAGUGCCACAGAUGGAGGAAACCCUCCCCUUUCCUCCCAGAAGACCAUAAAGGUGGAUGUGGCUGAUGUUAAUGACAACCCACCACGAUUUGAACAGACUUCAUAUACCGUCUAUGUGACUGAGAACAAUGCCCCCGGGGCCUCUCUGUGCACUGUGAAAGCUCAAGACGCAGACAUCAAAGAGAACGCACGCAUCACCUACACAGUGCUCAAUGACAACAACCAUGGCAUCCCUGUCACCUCCUAUGUGUCUGUGAAGGCCGAUACAGGGGAGGCUUAUGCCCUGCGAGCCUUUGACUAUGAGUCACUGAGAGAGUUUCACUUCCAGGUCAAAGCCCAAGAUGGGGGCAUUCCUCCUCUCAGCCGCGUCGCCACUGUCUACAUCUACAUAAUGGAUCAGAAUGACCAUGCACCACUGAUAGUAAACCCUCCGGGUAACGGCACGCGCUCCUUGGAGACGGUACAAAAGAAUGCAGAGCCUGGUGCCUUGGUGACCAAAGUGGUGGCAUAUGAUGCAGACGCUGGUCCAAAUGCCUGGCUGGUGUACAUGCUGGAAACAGCCACUGACCUGGACCUAUUCAAGGUGCACGAACACACAGGUGAGAUCAGGACCACUCGGAGGAUUCUGGAGGACAACUCCACCUCCUUUGCUCUAACUGUCUUGGUGAAGGACCAUGGACAGCCUGCUCUCUCCUCCACAGCCACCAUCAACGUGGCUGUCAUGGAGGUGCCACCCAAAGUGGCCCCUGACCCCAAGAGGAUCAUCCGACCUCACAGUACCCUGCUUUUCUCCAACGUGACCCUCUACUUGAUUGUGGCUUUGAGUGCCACCACCUUUGUUUUCCUGGUCACUGUGGUGGUGCUGGCCAUCGUCCGCUGUCAUGCCUACUGCACCCAGCCUGGGUCUUGCUCCCCUUGCUGUGUGUCACAGAAGCCCCCUCCAGAUGGUGGGAGCAGUAGUGUAAGUGCUGGUGGGGCAGCCAAUGCUGGAGCUGGAGCACAACCUAAUAACAAUGUGGUGCUCCGGAGAGACCUUAAAGUGGAGCCUCACUACAUAGAAGUGCGUGGGAAUGGCUCCCUAACAAAGACUUACUGCUACAAGACCUGCCUGACAGCCACCUCUGGCAGUGACACUUUCAUGUUCUACAACACAGGACGUCCCAUCAGUGGCACUUGGGGCAGCGGUGCUGACCGCUUCUUCACAAGUGGAAGUGGAUUUGUACGCAGACUGAGUAUGCCUGAUGCCUCGCUGCAACUGUGCCCAGAGCCAAAAGCCCCGAAUGCUGACUGGCGAUAUUCUGCAUCUUUGAGGGCAGGGGUGCAGAGUUCAGUCCACAUGGAGGAGUCCUCUGUGAUGCAGGGGGCCCAGGGGAUGUUGGUCCAGAACUGGCCCACUGUGUCCAGCGCUGCCGAUGGAGAGGGUGGUGGAGAGCUAUCACCCCCGGUGGGUGCUGGAGUCAACAGCAACAGCUGGCACUUCAGAUAUGGUGCUGGACAAAGUUACGGCCCUCCUCAGCCCCUGAAGCCCGGUGAGAUUCCUCCUGAAGCCUUCAUCAUCCCCGGAUCCCCAGCCAUUAUUUCUAUCCGCCAUGAUGCAGGCCCUGUGGAUGACAAAGGUGACUUCAUAAGCUUUGGCAAGAAGGAGGAGGCCAAGAAGAAAAAAAAGAAGAAGAAGGACAAGAAGGACAAGAAGGAGAAAGGAAAGGAUGAUGGGGAAGAAUAGAGGAGAAAGGGUGACUUCAAAACAGAGCUACCAACAAACUACCAUCCCAAUUACAGAGCCAGAAAAAAAAGCCAAAUGCAUAUUGUAGAACCGAGGGAGCCUCCUUGCACCAUAUUUGCAUAGACACUGUACAGUGGCCAAACCCUCACUAGACCAAGCCUGGCUCCCUACACCAUGCGAACUUGCUAAACACAUGUUACUCUCUCUUUCUUGGCUCAUUUGGCCUAUAACUUUGGCCUAUAAAAGUCUAAAGUUUAUGGUAAACAAAUGUACUUCAUCUAAAGGUUGGACCAAAUUAAAACAGAAAGGAUUUUAUUGGAUUGGAUUUGCCUUUCUGUGAUUUACUGCCCCCCUAGUUUGUAUAAUGAAAACAAAAACACCUGUAAAGGUGUACUAUAUGUAUCUGACCAUUGUCAGCUGAGGCUGCCUGUGUUGGCAUCUCAGUCUUUAUGCAGCCCCCUUUCCUUUUGGCUCACCUAGUUGGAGGUGAAGUGGAAGCCAAACUAAAGAAAAUGAAACAGAGGCUUUUGUCUUCAAUAUUAUGGAGGCCUUGUAGAAAUUCAGAAAAUGUGGUCUUUUGUAUAAAAAAAAAGAAAAAUGAAAAAGUAACAACAUACAGUAUAUAUAUCAUGAGAUUAGCGCCUUUAAGAGAAUGAGGUGGCUGAGACAAGCUGGACCACACGCGUAUGAAGAGCUCUGUUUCAUUGUAACAUAGCACAUUGUCGAGGCUGAGGACCUGGACUGGGUUGCACCAACUAUGCGCAAGUUUGUUCCCAGGUUAGGGUAUAAAGUAGUGGCUUCAUAACUGCUAGUUCAUUUGCAAUUAGAAAGUUACUGAAUUCGAUUGUACCAUGUUAAGUAAGGGGGAAAUUCUAUGACUGUAGCUAGUUAUAACAUUCAGAUUUAAGAUGAGUAGCCAGUCAGUAAUGGAAUUAUCUUGCUAAUGGGUACAAACCACAUGGAUUUGUAGUUGACUAGAUUGGCAUAUAAAUUAUGAUUGGUUAUUGAUACGAUUGGAUUGACUCUUAAAGGACAAGUCAUGUAUACGACACUGCUUACCAUUUUCCAGAGGACACAAUUGUGUUUUGGGAAUUGUAGAUCCCAGGCCAUCAUUGUUUAAGAAAUCCAGAAGUGAACACGUCUGCUUUCAUUGUUAUUUAAGUUACAUUUUCAUCACAUGCUAAUAUAGCUCAAGUGGAGAUUCAUUUGAAAACUGCACUGCAUUAUCACAAUAACAUUACUCUGGCAAAACUCAACACAGACAUGAUGGAUUACAAAUGUCAAGCAAAUCUCAGCAUGUUCAUAUUCAUAUUGUAAAGGAAUAAGAACCAGAUUCUACCUGAAAAAUAUACAACUCCAUUGGAAAAUGGUUGGCAAUAAUGUUAAGUAUACAUAAUUAGUAGAAAAUGGGUGGAAAUCACUAAGAUAGUCCUUUAAGUUUUAAAAUGGCAUGGAAUUACUAAAGAAAAAAUAAGCUAUGCGCAAAAAAAAAGAAAAAAAAUCCUGCUUUACUGUUAGUGAGUGCAAUUGUGUGACUUCGUAUCAUUUGCACCUGCUUUAUUGCUUGCUUAACUAUUUAGUUGUUACUUAAGAUUUUUGUGGUGCUGCCGCUUGUAUUUUAGCAAUGCGUGAAUCGGGAUUAGUGGCUAUUUUGGAUGUAACAAGGGAACCUACGUGCAGCUGAUGCAACCGACCCCUGACCUUGCCUCUUUUCUUGGAAUAUGGCACAGGUCACCGGGGUCUUAAUCCCGCUGUGUAUCAGCACACCCAGUCUGACACACACAUUAUUGUACAAAAACACUGACUCUCUCUGCCGCUUACACAUGCAUACACACAAGCAAACACACACACACUCUCUUUCUCUCUUACAUACAGGCAUACAAACACACAAACUAUAAAAAUACACUAAAAUAAUAUACACACCCCCCUUCUGGAAACUCUAAGACUGAAGGCCAAUGCCAUCCUUAAUAUGAGAGUGUAUUAUAUGGCUGUAAAGCAGGAACGUUGCUUGUUGCUUCAUUUCUGUUCAAGCCUGAUCCCUCUACUUCUGUCUUUGAAUGUUAAGUAGUUGUUCUUCAAGCCCUGCACCACUGCCUCGACUGCUUCAGUGCUUGUAGGAUUUGCUUGCCCGCUGCCUGUUUCCCCCCUCUACUCCUGUUUCUUCAAAUCAACAUGGUUGGAAGACAUCUUUAAAGUCACUCUCCUUCAAUGAACUGUGCAGUUGUAACACAGUAACAUUUGUGUAUUUGCAUAUUUACACACAGAAUACACACAUACAGUAGAGACACGCACAUACACUACAAACACACACACACUCACACACAUCAUUUGUUAGGUUAAACUUCAACUGAACUUAGGCGCUUCAGCCGGCGUGUCUCUUCUGAUUGCUCAUUGUUGGAAGCUCUGUCAUCUCUCGCAUAGUUAUACGCAUUGUAUUGUAAGGACAUGUGACAGGUUAGCAGAAACUGAGAUUAUGCUGUACAGGAUGUAAUGAGGCAAGAUGGAAGGGUAAAAGAAGAGUCAGAAAGUAGCAGUCAUUGUCGUGUAUUGUGUAGCUUCAGCGUAGAAGAAGAAGAAGAAACUAUCAGGCGAGUCAUUCCCAUUUUGCACGAGCCGAGGUAUUUCUGUGUCGGCCGUUAGUGACAGCUGAUUAACCCAGGCUGACUAAAACCACUUUGAGCAUAAGUGUAGUGCAGUUCAGCAGCAGUGGAAAGAUGUCGGUGACAUGACUUGGAAAGGGGGGAAACCCUCUUAUGAGUUAAUGGAGGUGAAACACAUUACUAACAUUGUUUAUGGUGCACCAGUGAGAGUGCAAUGACAUAAAAGAUGGUGGUGCAAUUGAAGAUGAUACCAGCAAGCAAGCAAAGGUCAAAGUCAACAAUCACAGCUGGCAAGAUCAUAAAAUUAUGCUUUUUUUGCUUAAUUACUGCACACAAAUGUCUGAAAUAAUGCUGCUGGGAUGUGCCAUGAAGAGGAAACUUUUGCAAGUCUUUGGUCCUGAUAUUGUGAAACCCUGGUCAAGCAUGGUAGAGAAAGUGUACCACAAGCAGUAGAUGAUGGAACGGAAAGUGUCAUAAAAUCGCACCUCAGUGUUCCUUUGUUAGACCAUCAUAUUACCAGUCACAGUAGGGGUAUAUAGGUGCUGCUAUCAUGCUCAAUUCCUCCCAUGCACACAUUUCCUUCCCCUCUGCCCUGUCCUUCAGGUGUACUUCUGUGCUGUCAGAUCACCAAGUGGCUGUUUGCAUGUUAUAAGCAAAGGAAACAGAUACUAUAUAGAUACUAUAUAUACAUAGAUAUGUUUUUCCACUGGGAAAUGCGUAUUGGAAUACAUAUACCUCUGAUACACAUUCUCAAAGGCGAUACAAACACACACACAUUGACCCACACUCAUCCACACAUAAAUACAUACAUAUAAGCAAUUGCAAACAGUAAUUUGUUGAAAAACCUAAAAGAAUCACAUUUUUUAUCCUGUUGAAAAUGAAUUUAAUCUUCUAGAUAUACAUAAUGCUAUUGUGUUAUGCUAUGAAAUGCCUUUUUUUGUUUGUUUUUACCCUUAUGAUUUUCAUAGAUAAGAAAAUCAGUCCUUAAACUUGUGUUAAGCUUUGAAAUGAUGAUCAAACAAACACUAUUGUGAAAUCAUUUACUCACCCUCCAUAUCUAUUCCUUGCCUAGUAGAGAAAAAAAGAGCAGAAAAGUAAGAAAAAAAAUUUAAAUACAUAAAAUGGUUGAAAAAAAAUUAAAGUUGAUGUAUUCUCUGCUUGUGUAUAGUGAAUGUUCGUCAGUCGCUGGGUGUGGCAGUGAGUGGCACAUGCCGGUCGACUGUGACAGUGCAGAUCUGUUAAUAACUUUUUUUGUACACCUGCUUAUCAUUGUUAAGGUGAUAAUAGUGAUUCUUAUGAUUUAAUCAAUCUGGUAAUGUGUUUUGUU